GAUUGUUUUGCUUCUAAAUUCUAUUCAUUCAAUCUUUACAUUUAUAUUUAUAUCUUUUUACACUAAAUUUUUUCGAAGCCAGCCUUCGAUAAUUGAUAAAUACUAAAGAUGCGUUUCUCGAACCUCGCAAUCUUUUUCUCGCUCUCGGUAGCAACUCUUGCAGCACCAACUGAUACAAUCAAACGCGCUAGCACAAAAGCCACAAGUGCUAGUGUUCUCACCGCGGGAGACUACAGUUCCUUUCAGGUUUCUGAUGGGGUAGCCGGAGAUGCUCUGGCGGAAGUCAACGCCAAAUUUCCUAUUGACACCUCAAACUUCGCCGGUGUUUCCGCUUCUGAUCUAGCUAUAAUAACCAAAGCAGCUCAAAUUUCCGAAGACGCUGAAGUAGGUACUGGUGGUUUCAACGAUGCGAUUGAUGCUGCAGGUGGAACGAGUUCUACUGCUGGUGCUCCAUUGCAGAUUGGAAAAAUCAAGAACAAGGUUUUGAAAUUACAGACAGAUGUGUUGAGGAUUCAGAUACAGACUGCACAGGGGAAUGCUGGGAGCUCGAGUGAACUUGCAACACAGCAAAAGAAGUUGGCGACGAAUGUUGCGUUGGAUGUUGCGCAAGCGGGGAAAACUAGCAAGAGUAUUAGUUUUUCGGGAACGGAUUAAGCUCGGGGUGUGUGCAGGGUAAUGCUGGAAAUUUAAAUGUGUAUUAAAUAAGUGUGGAAUAAGCCUUCAAGAGAAAAAUAAAAUGAAUAAUAUCAAAGCA